UUCCCCCCAGAAAUUCCCUCCACGAUUUCCGUGCGCUUCUCUCUUUCCCCUUCCCCUUCUUUUCCGGUUUUCUCUUUCACUUGAAAAACAAUCCAACAUCCGCCAUCACCCACCGCCGCUGCCAUAACUAGCGCCACCGCCUCCUUCCCUUUCCCUCAAUCCUACGCUUCUAUUUUCCCCUACCGGAGCGGAAGCUAGAAGCACGGAAAUUCUAUAUAAAUAAUUCGUCCUGCGAAAGAGCUGCCGAUUACCGUAGCCGUUCUUAAAAAUGGACUCGCAAAGCAAUGGCAAUGCUCUCAACGGUUCCUCCGGCAAUGGAUCCGCCCUCAUUUUUCUCGGUACCGGAUGUUCCAGCGCCAUCCCCAACAUAAUGUGCCUGAUCCAGCCGUCCGAUCCUCCCUGCCGUGUUUGUUCUCAGGCGCUCUCUCUUCCGCCGGAGCAAAACCCUAACUACAGGUGCAAUACGUCUAUGCUUAUAGAUUACUGUCCCGGCGGUGAUGGGAAGCACAACUAUAUAUUGAUUGAUGUUGGGAAGACGUUUAGGGAGCAAGUUCUCCGGUGGUUCACUUUCCAUAAGAUUCCGCGGGUGGAUUCUAUAAUUUUGACGCAUGAACAUGCUGAUGCAGUUAUCGGCCUUGAUGAUGUACGAACUGUGCAACCAUUUAGUCCCACAAAUGAUAUUGACCCAACUCCUAUUUUUUUGACUCAAUCUGCUAUGGAAAGUAUUGCAGUGAAAUUCCCUUACCUGGUACAGAAAAAGUUAAAGGAAGGCCAAGAAAUAAGACGGGUAGCACAGCUCGACUGGCAGAUAAUUGAGGAAGACUGUCAGAAAUCAUUUGUUGCUUCUGGCCUACAAGUUUCACCUUUACCAGUAAUGCAUGGAGAAGAUUAUGUUUGCUUAGGCUUUCUGUUUGGUGAAAAAUACAAAGUAGCUUACAUCUCUGAUGUUUCACGGUUUCCUGAGAAAACUGAAUUUGCAAUUUCAAAAUCUGGGGCUGGUCAGCUGGAUCUCCUAAUAUUAGAUGCUUUAUACAAGAAAGGACCUCACAACACUCACUUUUGUCUCCCUGAGUCACUUGAAGCAGUGAAGAGAUUAUGCCCUAAAAGAGCUCUGCUAAUCGGAAUGACCCAUGAGCUUGAUCAUCACAAGGACGGCGAAUAUCUAGAAGAGUGGUCUAAACGGGAGGGAAUACCAGUACAGUUUGCACACGAUGGUUUAAGAGUUCCAGUAGAGUUAUGACCAUAGGUAACCAACCUCUACCCCCGGUGGCUUCUUUCUUUCCUUUCAAGAAUUCAGCCCUUGUCCAGACGCAUCCAAAACUGAAGCUGGAUCGGUAUCGUCUGGAUUUUGUCUGCACAGAUAGAGAGAUACCUUUGUUAGAUCUACUUGCAUCCCAUUUGUGAUUGGGAUGAAUAAAGCAGAAGUGAAAUGAUCUUUUAUAGAGCUUGAACCAAAGAGAACUUUCCGGGAAGAGGAUUGAUCUCAAGAGGUUCUUUUACUCGGGACAUUCUUAUCAUAUAUAGUAUUGUGAAGUGUUACCAAGACCAGCAGAUUCUAGAGUGUUUCAUUCUUGUUGUUACAUUAUUGAAAGACGUUGAGAAAUGCAGUUCAGAUUUAUUUUUCUGUGAAAACCAAAGGUGCAAUUCCCGAAUGUAGGAAUGAUAGGGGAAGUUGCUGGUAGAAGGGGACAUUAGUAUGUAACCGAAAACAGAGAAAUGAGGGAGUCGAGAAAGCAAUCAUUGACCUUUGUAGACGACAACUGUGCUAUUAUUUUAUUUUAUUUUAUUGAUUGCCAGAG